AUAGAACGGUGACUGGCCGAGCUUCAGCAGUCACAUGCAUCGUCACAGCUUGCUGGACUCCCUAGAAAGCUUCGUUGCUGCGCCAUUGUCUUUUUCAACAAACCUUCAAGCUAGUCACCACCACACACGGACAGCAUCAUGGCUAAGCAGCCUAAGCUGCAGGAUCCUCGGGGUACGGAGGCGACGGAAUCAUUUUUCGACGGCAAGACGAUUGAAGUUGUUGUAGGCCCGCAGAAGACUAGCUUCCACGUCCACGAGAAACGGAUCCGUAGUCAGUCAGCCUUCUUCGACACUGCUUUAAAGACACGAUGGCAAAAAGCGGAAGACCGUAGGGUCAACCUCCCAGAUGAUAAGCCGGAAACUUUCAAGAAUUAUGUCCACUGGCUUUACACCUCCAAGUUACAAUCGGAGAAACCUGGAAACACUCUUGGCACAGGCUCGAGCUAUCAAACCUUUUCAGAACUGUACGUUCUUGCAGAAAAGCUCAUUGAUCCAGUCUGCCAGGACAGGGCGAUAGAUGCGAUCGUAUUCGAGAUGCGCGUGAACCGCUCGCGCUCAUUCUACCUCAGCUUGUAUUACCCUACAGCAAACAACAUCGAAUACGUGUACCAGAACACUCCUGCGGGCUCAUCACUUCGAAAGCUCAUGGUGGACGCUUACGUAUACCAAGGUGCCGAUUACUGGAUCGAGGAUACCGUCAUAGGGCAGAAUCAUGAGUUCCUCGUCAAUCUGAUCGGAGCGUUACACCGGUGUCGCACUUUGACGCCUCGUGCAGUGGAGAAACGGCAAGCGUUCCUUUCAGAUCUUCCAUGUGAGUACCACAAUCAUGACAGAAAUGAGAGGUGCGGCGGCAUGGAGGAACACUAAAGCUCAUGUUACGACCCUUGCCCGUCGAUGCCAGGGGGCGGCGGCGCUGGCCUGAAAGUCCAAUCUCGGGCCCGAGGUGUGCAACAAGGCUUCGUAAAGAGUUUUGGUGGUGAGCGAGGAAAAGGGGCCAUCCCCUUGCAGCGAUAGAGACGAACCGCGACGG